GCCUUGCCAGUGCUAUAUUCCUCUUCAUCCCUUGCUUGUUUCCUUGGGUGGACCACCUCACCCACAAUCCCAGGCUGCACUGGGUCACCUAGGCAGAAAGGGGAGGCAAUUUCUAUCAGGGCUAUGGGCCAUCCUCAUUUCCCGAUUCCUGCUUUAUUUCCUCUCUUUCAGGUCAUCCCAGAAAUCCGCUCCAUGUCCUGGGGGACCCAUGUUGCACCAUGUUCUGGGGGACCCUCUGGGGGAAGAGCCCAGUGAGGCAAACUUGGUGCCAGGACCCCUUCCAGGACUUCAUGUCCCCACUGACAUUCUAGGGAAAGAGCUCAAUGAGGAAACCUCAAUACUAGGAUCCCUUCCAGAACCUCGCGUCCCCACAGAUAUUCUGGAGGAAGAGCUCAUUGAGGAAACAUCGGUGCCAGGAUCCCUUCCAGAACCUCACGUCCCCACUGAUAUUCUGGAGCAAGAGCUCAAUGAGGAAAUGUCAGUGCCAAGAUCCCUUCUAGAACCUUGCAUCACCAAUGACAUUCUUGGGGAAGAGCCCAAUGAGGCAACCUUGGUGCCAGGACUCCUUCCAGGACUUCGUGAACCCACUGACAUUCUGGGGAAAGAGCUCAAUGAAGCAACAUCAGUGCCAGGAUCUCUUCCAGCUUCUCAUGGCCCUGCUGCAUGUCUCCGCUCCCCUGGGUCUGGUUCAUUAUCAUCUUCUGCCUCGCUGGAAGUUGGCUCCAUCCCACCCUCCACCUCUUCCUUCUUUCCUCCUGCAUCCCUCUUCCCCUCCUCCUCCUUCCCCACGUCCUCUAGAGCUGGAACUCAGAAAUGUAAAAGAAACUCUGCAGAGUUUGAUGGAUUUGCAGUUCCAUCAGCUGAAUGACCGCCAAAGACACCUCCGCAUCUGCCAGGGAUGUUUGCAAAACCUCAAGGCACUGAGGGGAGAGCUCCGAAGACUGCAGAGCAGACUGACAAGGGUGGAAGCCACUAUUGGGAUCCUGGUUCCUCCAAGGGAGCUGGAAGUUGAGGAGGAAAAAGAGGAAGACAAAAACCAGACAGUGCUUCAUCCAUAGGUAGCAAUAAAAUGCUGCAUAUUUAUUUUAAAAAUAUUAAACAUUUGUUUUAAUAGGAUAGGAUGUAGAGAUAAAACAGCAACAGAGCAUGCAUAUUUACUGCUUAAAAAUAAAAAAGUUGA